CAGUGAACGAUCGGAGUGUUUAAUUUUGGAUACCUUUUUAAAAUAAAAGCCCUGCAUUGUGACCGUGUAUGAGUUACCGAAAACGCCGUUAUAAAAGAAUGUCCCUCUAUAAACCCAUUGUGUGCCACUUAUGCAGGAAAUGCUGAUCACAUUUUGGGCUAUCCUUCAAUAUAAUUAUCUGCAGAAGAAUAACCUUAUACGAGUUACAUUGGCCGGUGUUCACGCGGAAGCGUAACGACAUGCUGAUAAAAGAUGGCGGCAAAUAUAGCUUUCGACAGCUCAGAGUUCCAAAAGUGGAUUAAGCAAUGGAAGGCCGUCUUCAUUACGAGGAUAGCUCUCCUGCCUUCUGUCACGUUAGAGGCUAAACAUCUGCACAAAUACUUUCUUCAGAAAGCAUCAAAUGAGCAGACUUGUUCAUCAGACCAUGGUCAUAUAUCGGAUCGGAUACCAAUACUUUGUCGAUAUAAUGAAAAACUUCGGAAUGAAAUCAAUGCCAUUCACAAAAGAAAGAAACCUUCCUGGAGAAAUGCUUCGACAGACACAUGGCGAGACUCUCCGUUUGCUGUUGCCAAGCUAUUCAUGCAGCCAUCAGGGUAUGUUGAUACAUUUUCAUUUGAUGGAAUUGACUUCAACGGAUUGAGAGCCUUCAUAUAUAACUGCGGGCGGUUCACACUCAUAGUUGAAAAUCUAUCUGACGAGGCUCGGAAGUACGUUAACAAGAUACGGCAUAUGCCAGCCGUAUGUUUAAGUGCUCUGACAGACCAGGCCACCGUUGAGUGCAUAGACAGCAUGGAUGCAGUGCUUAACGAUCCAAGUUUCGACGGAGAUCCAGAAGUGCUGGAAGCGAGGAAACAACUGGACGAGUUAAAGACCGUAAUCGCAGAGCCCAACGCGGACAUUUUGAAAUAUAUUAUCGAGGAUAUUGCAAUCAGAGGCGUUCAAGAAAUUACGGAACUUGCUUCUGCAGAAGAAGACGAAUGGAGUGAAAAUAGAAGUGAGAUAAAGGGUGCCAUUGAGAAACUCGGUGGUAUUUUGAUGUCCAGUUUAGAGGAACAAGGAGGGAGCGCCAUUUACGAUAUAAAGGCAACGUUUGAAAAUGCUCUUGCGCAGUUGGAUUCUAGCAUAGACAAUCCUAAGAAAAUUAUUAUUGAGACAACCGAAGAGGGCAUACCUAAACUGACAGCCACUGGUCAGUCCGAGAGACUGGAAAUCGAAGAAGCAACUCUACGUGGUUAUCGUGAACUAGAAGAAACAAGGACGACAGGAAGUUGAUAAAACGACAUAUAGAGGAAAACAAACACUUGAAGAUUCAGUUGCGGGGGGAAGGGAUGAACUACUUGAAAUGACAAUGGUCGGAAAAUGUGAACUGGUGAAAACCUCUGAGAACAUAACAAGACAUAUUGAAGAUAAAACUGCGGAUGGAAGAAAGGAAAUACUAGAAACAGCAAUGGGGGGAUACACGAACUGAUGAAUAUGAUUGGCAAUACAAAACAAAACCUCAUGAAUGAACGGGAAGCUGAAAGAGAGUCUAAAUUAACAAAGGCAAAGUCAGAUUUACAGAAACAGUUGCUCAACCAUUACAAAGAAAAUUCUAUCAGAAUGAACGUCCUAGUGGAUAUCGAUGCAGCUGUAGAAGACAUUUAUGAGAAGCCGAAACUGAUUUUGAAAAUCAGGAAUAAAAAAGGCGGUAAAAUAAAAGAUACAAAGAUAUCAGAAAUUAAUAAGAUGUUUUUGAGCGACGAUGGCACGAUGGCUAAAUCAGUGUCCGUGGAGGGCGAAUCGGGCUUAGGAAAGUCCUCGCUUUGCAAAAAGAUUGUCGAUGACUGGUGCAAACUGAAGCCGGACAAAUAUGAUGCGACAAAGAUAGACGACCUGUUAAGCCAGUUCGAGUUCUUGUUUUACAUAAGGCUUCGAGAAGUUGAAGAUCAAUGCAAAAUCAAAGAUAUGGUGUUUGAUUGAACGGAUUAAUUCAGACGAUAAAGAGUCAAAAGAAUUCUUAGCAGAGAUUUUGAAAACAGAAUGUAGCCUUCUUCUGCUAGAUGGCUUAGACGAGUGGAAACAUUUAGCAGAUGUAAGCGUGAUGAACGAAUUCCUCAUGUUGAAACAAGUUGGAUGAAUUCCACAACAUUGAUAACAAUGCGACCUUACAGACUAGCGUAGCUGAAAGUAAGCCGCUCAAAGAUUGGCAACCAUGUACAGUUGGAGGGCGUUUAUUCACCUGAGGAGCUCAUUCGAAGAAUACUUGUGGAGUUAGAGAAAGAUCAAGUAGAAACACGUGCAUAUACUUGCGUUGAAUACUUGAAAAUGAAAGGUUUGUGGCAUUUCAGCGAGGUUCCAAUCGUGCUUGUUCACAUUGUUUGGCUUUGGUAUAGAUACCAGCUAAAGGCAUACAUGUCAGUGUCUGAUGUUUACGAGAAAAUAAUAGAAGAAAGGUGGUGCGAAAUGAACGACAAGAAAAAACAUACUGGACAACAAACUUCCAAAGGAAUUUCUUGAGUCUUUGAGUAAAUUAGCUUUCAAUAAACUGUUUUCUGAAAAUGAGGAUGAAUUCAUUGUUUUUAGUAUUACAGAGGGUCAGUUAGAGAAUGAGUACAAACAACAGUCUCUUGAUUUUGGAAUCUUGUCCUGCAGUAAAGAAAUAGGUGAAAGAUCAGUGUCGUAUCACUUUUUACAUAAAACGCUUCAAGAGUACCUGUCAGCAUUCUACUUAGCGAAAAGUGGAUCAGAUUUGCCCAAACUUUGUCAACACAUUCAAAAAGUGUAUGCAUUUAAGACAAAAGAAGAUGCAAUCAGCUUGUCUCAGCUAUUUCUGUUUUUAUGCAGUCUGAAUAUAACUGCUGCUGAAGUGUUUUCGAAGACAUUAAAUGGGCUAUUUACCGCACACUGUGAAAGAGAAGAUUAUUCGAACGAGAAGGCAGUUAUAUUCCAAGACAUGAUACUGCGAGGCUACGAGGAGGCGGAGAGGACAGAGAACACCUUGGCAGAGUUCUGCCUGCAACAUGUCGUCCUUGAUCAAAGGACACAUAUCCCAGAUUUAUGUUGCAUCAGUCUAACAGAAAACGAAUGUCAAAGUUGAAAAUGUGCUUGGAGAAAGGUGAGACAAAAUCGAACAUUGUGUCAUUAUUUAUACGUGGAGAACGAGACCACUUUUCUGUGUUUCAAUCAAAGAAAGAUUCAACUCUUUUAGAUUUGGAGACUUGCAAGAAUCUCAAAUUUGUUGUUUUAGAAACGGUUCCUCAUGAAUAUAUAAACCAGUUGAAUUGUACUGGAUUAUUAGAAUGCACAAUAUUAUUUAGUAACUACACACCAGCAAAUAAACUGAUAUAUUCACUUCUGUCCUCGGAUUUAAAAAGUUUGAAAGAACUCUCGUUGUGCAACUUAGGUUGGGAAUGUUAUGCCGAUGACAUCUUUUCUAAACUUAAGAAUGUUAAAAGACUAGCCUUAACAUGGAGUAAAAAUCCAACAAAUGAUACACAAUUCAACCUUGAGCAUAUUCGACAUCUCGAUCACCUCAACCAACUCUCCUUAUAUGGACUUUCUUCCUCUGACGUAAAUCUACUUUUGCACAAUCUUCAAAAGCUGAAGGUCAGCUUUAGAACAGAAAAAAGAGCACCACAGCUGAUGGCGGCAUUACUAGAACAAAGCGACGAUUCACUCAAUUCAAAUCUGAAUGGGCCACUUUCAACCCUAACUGAUGUUGAUUUGGUUAACAUGAUCAUGUUACCAGGAGUUUCGGACGCCUCGUUAGUAUGAUGAUACGGUUGGGACAUUCUGUGAACUGUAAGUUAGACCGCUGUAGUAUAGAGCCUGAGGAGGACGCGAGGCAGCUGGAGGUUGAUAUGGAAAACCAGCCUGUCCUCCAGACUCUACAGCCGGCAUCACCCAUAUAUACAACAAACGUUACAUUAAGAAAUGUGACCAUGUCAGCAGGAGUAUUCAGGUAUGUCUCGCGAAAAAACCUGGCUUCUAUUGCAUGAUCAUCUUGAGUCCAUGUUAAAUAAUAUGGAGGAUGCAAUACGGCUGAAUUUAGGUACUGGAAUGACAGUUUUCAGCCAGAUUCUAUCAGAUGCCAUGAUACCAAGUUUUUCCAUGCCAUCAGGUCAACGUUAGCCCAUAUUCUGGCAGAUGUCAUGAUACCCAGUUUUUCCAUGCCAUCGGGUCAACGUUAGCCCAUAUUCUGGCAGAUGCCAUGAUACCCAGUUUUCCCAUGCCAUCGGGUCGACGUUAGCCCAUAUUAAGGAGUUAACUAUUUUCCGCCAUCCGAUCGAUGGCGUGUCCGAAACUACAAUCUAAAGCAUGAUAUUACGUGAAUUUAUUCUCCGCCCUCAGAAUGCAUUGAAAGAUAAGCUACUAAUGCACCAUCGUGAAGUUAGUGAUGUCCCCGAUAGGCCAUCGCGGAAGCUACUAAUGCAUCAUGGCAAAGGAAGUGAUGCAACCGAAGUGCCACGGUAAAAUACACAAAAUAUACCAAUGCUCCAUCGAGAAUGAAGUGAUGGCCCCGAUACGUUUCUGUAAACUUAGCGAAAGCUUCUAAAACACCAUUGCAAAGAAAGUGAUGCCACCGAAGUGCCACGGUUAAAAAAGCGAAAGCUACUAUGGACAAUCGAGAUGGAAGUGAUCCCCCCGAUACGCUACUAUAAACAAAGCGAAAUCUACUAAUGCACCAUCGCAACGGAAGUUAUGCCACAGAAGUGCCACGGUAAAAAACGCGAAAGCUACUAAUGUACCAUCGAGAAGCCAGUGAUUUCCAUGAUGCGCCACUGUAAAGUUAACAAAAUCUACUAAUGCAUCAUCGCGGGAGGAAUGAUGCCCCUGAUGUGCAAUUGUACGUAACAUAAACAUGCAAUUAUGUAUUUAUAUCACAACUGAAAAAAUAGCCAUCAAAGAACUUACUACGUGUAUAGGGACUACUAGGUUGGUGCCAUGGAUGGAGGAAGUUGAUCUGGCAAUGCGGAGAAAUUUAUCGGAUUUUGCGGAUGUUGAUUUUCUGGCCGAUUUCCUUUGUCACUGUCAUUAUCAUGCAGAGUGAUGGAACCUUCUGGGCAAUAAAUUGUUGAGGUCGAUUGUUUGCGGACUAUUGAUGAAAUUCUGAAGCAUUUUUGUGUCUUUUUGACAUUUCAGAAUAGAAAAGAGUCCGUUUUCGCCAACUGACUGCAGAUAAGCAGCACGUGGUCAACUAUCGUAAUGAACUAAAACUUACACGGCACUUUAGUAAUGUGCCGACUUGUAUGCAAGUGACAAUACAAAACUUAUUUUGAUCCAAAGCAUCAAAUACGUCGUGAAUGCUUUUGAAAACAUGACUUAAAGGAAGCGUAUGCAUUAAAUCACCAUACCAAGUUUGAGGUACAUGGAAAUAAGCAUUCAUCAGUUAUUGUAUGAAAUCGGAUUUUCAGCUUUAGGAACCACGACAUUGAACUUGACCAACUGACAAAACAAUAGUUAGGGUACUGGUCAUGUUUGAGGUAGCUUUACCAAGUUUGAAGUAUCUAGGCCUAAGCGUUUAUAUGUUUUGAUCUGAAACCGAUUUUCAGCUGAAGGUGAUUUUAAGGUUACCACGACAUUGACCCUGAAUAUGGCCACCAUAUCUCAUUGUCCGGGAGUUGUCCCAGAACAUAUUGAUAUGAAAAAUUAACUUCGAUAA